AAACUUGACAAAGUACGCAGCGAACUUACUCAAGUAGUGGUUGCGCAGAAUUCACUGGAGCAAAAACUUUCGAACUUCGUCUCAGCACAAUCAGACUUCGAAAAAGCCAUUUGCGGCACUCCGGAUACCACCGUUGCAACCUCCGCAGAAAUGUCUUUAGAUCAACUCUUGGACGCUAUUUUGAAGAAGAGAGCAUUGAUGCUACAACAGCAAAAACAUGUGCAAAUGAUGAUGCAUCAUUCUGAUCAUGUGGAAUUUAACACAGGUUCAUCUUGUACCUGA